GAAAAAACAAUCUCUGUUUUAUUUGCCUACUUUUGAAAUAUUAAUAGUUGUUAUUAGGAGAAAUAAUAAUCGAACGCAUUUUGUUAAGAAAAAUGACAAUCAAUUAAAAAAACUGACAAACGAAAACAAAUAUCAAACAAUUAAACAAUUGAGGUAAUGAAAAAACAUCAAAAUAGUAUGUAUUAACAGCUAGUAAACAAAAAACGAUCAAAUGAUGUCCUUGGCAGGUAUUUCGUUUUAAUAAAUGCAAUACAAAUGUUGAAAAAUAAAAGACGUUUCGCAUUACGUUAUCAUUCGGGGAAAUCCCAUGUAAGUAAGUCGCUGUUUUAACAAUUUCAUAGUCACAGUGCGUUCUGAUUAUACAUAUUCUAGUUGACCUGUAUGAAUAAUUAAAUAAUGCUCUUGUAAAUGUUAUCAUCCCCUAUCAUGGGGUGGAGUUAUGUGGGAAACAAGCAAGACUUACCAAACAUUAUUUUAACAUUAAACCGUGUCCAAUAGGUUUAAUUCUGUGUCUACGUAGGCGUAUACCAACCAAUCCCAGUUCUUUUUAAAAUUAAAGCUUUGAAAAUUAUGUUGCCAAAUGCGAAGUUUUAUACUAAAUCGAAAAAACUAUACCUACACAGAACCAGGUAUGCUUUCACUCUUUUUAUAUAACACAAAAGUCAAACAGAAAGCAAUUCCAUUAAUAUUAAUACGUUUCAAGUUUGAAUUGUGGAUUUUCUUUAUGUUGCAGUAUUAAAAAUAAAAAUUACGUAAAAUACUUUGAGCUUUUGAGCUUGGCAACGUUGUAUGAGCUUUCAUAGCAACCAAUAAGUAAUAAAGUUAUAAAAUCAAGUGUUUAAAUAUACAAACAUCAUUAGACUUUCAGUGAUUCAAUGUAAAGUACGAUCCCAUAUGCAAAUGUUUUAAAAGCUUAAUAAAACAAAAUACUUUUUUUCGAUUUCAUUUCCGUAUAACCCAUUAAUGAAUGGAACCCAUACAGAGCUUUCAUAAUAAUCAUUUUUGCGAUGACACCCCGCUCAUUUUUUCCAAUGGAAUUUUUAAAAGGUAUUACAUAACAGAUGAAACCUCAAAGGCUUUGAACAAUAAACUCCAUCCACUCGCUAUUUGCCCAACCCAAUCCCAUAAUUUAAAAGUGUGCCCUGAAUUGUACAAAACUCAGUUUUACGAUAAUUUUCAAAAAAGUUACAUCAACGACAUUCAACGCCGUUUAAGGCCCUAUCCUGCUUUUGACCACCAUGCACACGACGCAUUCGGAGAUAUGAUGAAUGCUCGAUUAAAAAAACAGCGCAACGAAAAGAAGCCCGUCCCCGAAGAAAAAAAAGACGCUCUGUACUAUGAGAAAAGAAAAAGGAAUAAUAAGGCCGCGAAAAAAUCCAGAGAUGCGAGAAAACUUCGAGAAGAUCAGGUAAUUGAUAAAUGUUUUCAUGUUCUGGUACUGCAUAACAUUAAUAAUUUCUAUUAAAUGGUUUCGCUAGGGUUGUAAUUAGGACUGUUUGAAAAUCUUAGUGUUAAUUCUUGAUUCAUUUUGCAAGAACACAGACCCAAAACAUUGGGUUCUUUUGUCAAUAAGAAGUUAAUUGCACAUGUAAAAAAAUAUUAGAAAAUUUGUACCCAUGAAGAUUCACAAACAUUAUCAUCAAAGAAAAUCAUACUAAAAAUUUUGGUGAAGGCGCCGGGAAAAUUUAAAAUAAAAGCUAUAACAGAGUUGUAAUUCCGAUUUAAUUGAAACAAAUUGAUAUCUUUUUAUUACUAGAUGAUAUUUCUUCCAUGUAAUCGUAGUUAGGGUGGUAUUUUGUGGUUUUACAACUAAUUUACAAUUUGUAAUGUGACAU